CCUUGGCGCAUUGCCUUGGCGCAUGCCUUGGCGCAUUUUGUUUCCUCUUGCUAAGGUAUCUCUCCCCCAAUUCUCCUCAUUCACCUGAAUAUUAGCUUAACAUACACUCCAGGGCCUAGGGGGAAACACAUAACCCCCAUCUCUCCCAUAGUGGAAUUUUAUCACGCCCAGAGAGCAGAAUAUUUGAUGAUUACUGUGUUUGCGCCUCUUGCAACGUGUGAACUGAGGGGACAUCACGUAAGUCGAGAGAGACAAGUCCGAAGAAGCUAUCAAUUAAGGCUCCUUUCAUUAGCUAGGGUAUAUUCAACCUUCACGAGCAAAACCGGAAAAACUGUCAUCGGCAAACUCCACAAUCUGCAGCUUUACGAUCAUUCGACCCUCCCUAAACUAAGCUGUCUGUCAGAAACGCAUGAAUAUUGUUGGACUACAGUCACGAUGAGUCAAGCUCCUUAUCCACCCACCGGCCAUGCUUACGGCCAUGCUUACGGACCUGCUCAAGGAUAUCAAGCAGGUCAACCCCAGAUUGGUUUUGCUCCUCAGCCAGGAUAUGGUCCCCCACCCCCUCAGCAACCUGGCUAUGGACCCCCACCCCCUCAGCAACCUGGCUAUGGACCCCAGCCCCCUCAACAACAAGGAUAUGCAUCCUUGGCCUUUACUG